UGUCCGCGCUACGCUCCAUCUGAUCUACCCGGGAAAAUCCGUUUGUUUUCAUCCACUCCCCAACGAAGUUCCGUGUCUUGCUUGCUUACACGCUGCUCUCUGAGAGUGAGAGACACAUCGCCAUCGCCUGCAAUUGCAAUGCUACUCUCUGCGCCUGCUCUCCAAAACCCUCUCUACUACGCCAAUUCUUCCUCCUCCUUUCUCCCCUUCCUCUCCAACAAUGCCCUAAAACUCCACAGCUUCAUUAGGCUCAGGCCACUCACCUUCGCUUCCGCUUCUUCCUCCCUCACUGACUCAUCCUCCAUCCGGAACCCUAGCCUUAAUCCCAACCUGCUUCGGCACGUUGCUCAUACCGUACGCGAUGAUGAGGAAGAUGGGCCUAUGGUGUCAUCAGCCUGCGCGGUGGCGUCUGCCAUUCUCAGAGCUUCCACCUCCCCUGUGGAGUUUGUACACAGGAUCGAGAAGAGCCACAAUAAAGGGUUGGUACUGCCGAGCCCUGAUUUCCGGAGACUCUGUGUCGAACAGUUGGACCUGUUUCGCCGGAUUGUUGAUCCUGAGGCCUUGCUCUCGGUCUAUGUUAGACCUGCUGGGAGCUAUGUGAUGGACCGUCUAGAGCUGCGUUGUGUUGCAUCCUACCCAGGUGUUAAUGUGACUGACGUUGUGCUGUUGGUUGGGAAUUUUAGCGUUCCAACUGGUUUACGUGCUGCAGAAGCCGCUUUUUCCAGUCAACGAGUGGAAGUUAUCCCAGAGCAUAAUGCCAUAGUCUUUCCAAUGGUGAAACACCCUUUUGUUGUGGGGUUCUUGGUCGCCGAGCUUCCAAACCUGGAAAUGGAAAGAUGCAUGGGUAUGCAGAGUUCUGAUCAUGAUCUGUGGCCGUACUCAUCUCCAUACGAAGCCUGUGCUCUGUUAACUGGCUCAGAGACAAGUACACAAGGAAUCCAAAGUACUACAAAUGGGCCAUUGAGAACGUACAAGCUUAAUCAAGAUCGGCAAUCAAAUGCCUUCCACAUCUCCCGUUCUCUUGCAAUGGCAUACGUCAUGGAUCAGAAAGCAAUGUUGCUCCAGCAAUCAUCAUGGCAAAAUAAUUUGAGGAUGAGCAAUCUGGUUGACCAAAUUCGUGGUUCUCUUUCUAGCAUCCAAAGUUUAAGUAAGAUGUUAUCUGUCCACAUGAAGAAGAGCGAGAUUGCAUAUGAGAUUUUAGAAGACAUACUGUUGCAAGGGGAUCAUAUGAGAGAUACCCUUCGACAACUGCAGGAUGCUGUUUCCUUGACUAAGGCAAAUAUAGUGCACUACAAUGAAGAAACACUGAAGAAAAUGUACAAGUCCUCAAACCCUUUGUCUGAGUCAGUGAAAAAUCAGUUGGAUAACUUUCCGAAAGAUGUUUCUAGCCUUCGAAUGCAAGGUGGGUUAGUUUCUUCUAACACUACAGUUAAGGACUUAGAGAUGCCCAUGCCACCUGCGGUGCUUGCUCCUGUUCAACGAUAUGGAAUUAGGUCAUGCAACGUUUCUGAUGUACUGAUAGAUUUGGUUGAGGCAGUGAAACCUCUGGCGUGUAAACAGCAACGUAUAGUAGAACUAAGUGAACAGGCUUGUUCUAUGCAAAUUGCCGUGGAAGAAUCUUCACUGCGUCAGGCUUUGAGCAAUUUAAUUGAGGGUGCACUAUUACGUACGCGUGUUGGAGGAAGGGUAGAAAUUGUAUCUACCACAGCGCCAGCAGGUGGUGCACUUAUAGUUAUAGAUGAUGAUGGCCCCGAUAUGCACUACAUGACGCAGAUGCAUUCACUCACACCAUUUGGAGCAGAUCUCUUGUCCAAGGAAAGGGUGGAAGACAAUAUGACAUGGAACUUUGUAGCCGGGCUGACUGUUGCUUGCGAGAUACUUGAGAGUUACGGGUGUGUAGUGCGUGUCAUAUCACCCAGGUGCUCGGAUGCAGCGCUCGGGUCUGGUGGAACUCGCUUGGAACUAUGGCUUCCUUCCAUCCCAGGUACAACACUGCACAAUUUCGACAUUCCCACUCAGGAGGCAUAGUGAGUAGAUAAACUGCCCGAUGUGUAUAUAUCUCUGCAACUGAUUAAGGAUAUAUACGGUGAGAAUGAGAGAGAAUUUGAGUUAGCUUACUCAAAGUUGCUGCCAGUCUAUGAGAAUACGUGAUAGUUUAUGUGAGUUUUUGUAUAGUUUACUGCAGGACAUUCUAUCAAAAUAGUGUAUACGUAGUAUAACUAGCAUCCAGCAAAACCUCCUUGAUAUAGCUUGCUUGCUCGCUCUUCCCCUUGUUGGUAGACAUGCGUGUGUGCAUAAAAAGUGUUUUGCAUGUGUCAGCCAUGAAUUAGCUUCAAAGUUCGAACUGAAAUAUUGAACUCUGGAAUAGUGAUUUUCAUUGGA